GUGAAUGUACACAUGAUUUGCUGUCUAUAAUCCUCAGACUGUCCCUGCAUGUCCAGUAAUGCAUGGUAAUUAUAUACACAGCUCCCAAGUCUCCUGUCAGAACGAGCUGGAGCGUUGUAGCUCCCAGCAUGGGAAACCAUGGAAGAGCACAAAGUCCAGGGAUCAGUUUGGAGCUCUCUGCAAAUCACAUGGCCAGCUGUGCUGUACCAUGCUUCCUGGUUCAAUGCCAACAGGUACCAGGGCAUCAGUGCUGAUCUAUAGGAAAUGGUGGCUUCUUAUGGGACUGGUCCAGCUCUGCUCCGGGACACUCACUGCACGUAAUGGCUCCUCACAAGUUAUCAGUCUGAAUGGGAAGUGGGAAAUACAGAACUCAAACAGCUCAGUCAAACUGCAAGGGGAUGUACCUGGCUGUGUGCACUCUGCACUGUACUCCUGGGGUAUCAUUAAGGAUCCUUACAUAAGGUUUAAUGAUAUUGCAUACAAAUGGAUUGCACAUGAUGAAUGGAUAUAUGGCAAGACAUUCACAAUUCCAUCUGAAAUAAGACUUCUUCAGCGAGUCUCCUUGGUUUGCGAAGGAAUCGAUACAGUAUCUUCCAUAAGUCUGAAUAGUAUUCUUAUUGGCAACACAAACAACAUGUUCUCUCGAUAUACAUUUGACAUCAGCAAACUGAUUGCAGAGAAAAACUAUAUAGAAAUAAAAUUUCGAUCUGCAGUAGGAUGGGCAAAAGAAAAAAGCACAAAUCACUCCUAUGAUAUCCCUCCAGAAUGCCCUCCUAAAGUACAAAAUGGAGAAUGCCAUGUCAACUUCAUCAGAAAGGCACAAUGUUCGUUCAGCUGGGACUGGGGACCUUCCUUUCCCACACAAGGCAUAUGGAAAGAUAUCAAGAUUGAGGCCUAUAAUGUUUUCCACUUGGACUAUAUCUCCUAUGUUCCAGUGUUUGAUAAGAACACCUCUCAGUGGAUGGUUGUUAUUGAGUCUGUCUUUGAUGUAAUCACUGCAAAUCCUCUACAGGGACGAGUUGAAAUGAAAAUAUCAGAGCUUAAAGUUGACCAGUCACGUGAGCUAACAAUUAACCCUGGGCAGAGGGCAAUCAAGGUGAUUGUCAAAAUUGAUAAGAAUACUCCUGUAGAGUUGUGGUGGCCAAAUCGGUAUGGAUCCCAGACUGGAUAUGAGAUGACUAUCAGAUUCCUGUUUGAAGAAGGAAACAUCAUUGAAAAUACAAUUAAGGUAUACUUUCGCACUGUAGAGCUUGUGGAGGAGCCAAUUGCUAGUUCUCCAGGCUUGUCAUUCUACCUACAGAUUAAUGGGAUUCCCAUUUUCCUCAAAGGCUCCAACUGGAUACCAGCAGACUCUUUCCAAGACAAAAUAUCAUCUAACAAGUUGCAGAUUCUACUUAAAUCUGUAGUGGAUGCUAACAUGAAUACACUUCGAGUUUGGGGUGGAGGUAUAUAUGAGAGUGAUGAAUUCUACCAGUUGUGUGAUGAGCUUGGAAUCAUGGUAUGGCAGGAUUUUAUGUUUGCCUGUGCUCUUUAUCCCACGGAUACCUGGUUCUUAGAUACUGUCCGUGAAGAAGUAACACACCAGAUGAGAAGACUUAAAUCCCAUCCUUCUAUUAUUGUCUGGAGUGCUAACAAUGAAAAUGAAGCUGCCAUUGCAAGUGAUUGGUUUUCAAUACCCAGCAAAAUGAGAGAAAUGUAUUUAAAAGACUAUCUGUCUCUUUACAUAAAAACCAUAAGAAUGAUUAUUCUUGAGAUGGAUAAUACCCGUCCAUUCAUUCCAUCAAGUCCAACUAAUGGGAAGGAAACAAUCCGUGAAGGCUGGCUUGCCAAAAACCCAUAUGACAUGCAUUAUGGUGACAUCCAUUACUAUAGCUAUUUGGAUGACUGUUGGAACUGGAAAACAUACCCCCGACCUCGCUUAGCUUCUGAAUAUGGCUUUCAGUCUUGGCCAUCCUUUAGUACCAUUUAUAAGGUGUCGGUUCCUGAAGAUUGGUCAUAUAAAAGUAAUUUUGCUUACCAUCGUCAGCACCACAGUUCAGGUAAUGAAGAGAUGAUGAGCCAAGCUGAGUUACACUAUAGAAUGCCCACAAAUAGUGAUCCUCUCAUACAAUUCCAGGAUACUCUCUACUUGACACAGGUGAUGCAGGCACAGUGUGUAAAACUGCAGACAGAAUUCUACCGGCGCAGUAUGACAGAAAUAGUGGAUGGCCUUGGACACACAAUGGGAGCCCUGUACUGGCAACUAAAUGACAUCUGGCAGGCACCUUCUUGGUCAUCAAUAGAAUAUGGAGGGAAGUGGAAAAUGCUUCAUUAUUAUGCAAAGAAUUUCUUUGCUCCUGUUUCUACAAGUGGAUUUGAAGACCGUGAUAUUUUAUACAUUUAUGGAGUGUCUGAUUUGUUGGAAGAUCAAAAUUUCAAGCUUGCAAUUAGAGUUUACAAAUGGGACUCAUUGCAGCCAGUUUGUGAAAGAAUAACUGAAGAAUUAAAGUUUAAUGCAAGAAGUUCAAGCCCGCUAUACAAGGAAUCCAUUCCUGAAUUGCUAUCCCGGUGUUCGAAUGCCACCAGACAAACCCAUCUGGUAGUCUUCCAUCUCUUACACCAAGGACAGCCGUAUGGUGUCCAGAACUGGCAUUUUUUAAGUUCACUGAAAGAGGCCAAAGAAUUGUUAAAACCAAAUAUUACAGUGUCAAUCACUCAGGAUAAAAAAGUAUACGUUUUCACUAUGGUGACUUCUAGUGUAGCUCCAUUUGUGUGGCUGGAUGUGUGGGAUAUACCUGGAAGAUUUAGUAAUAAUGGAUUUCUUCUGGUAGAAGAGAAGACAUCUGUUUGUUUUUACCCAUGGGUUUCAACCACCGUUGAAGAACUAGAGAAAGCAUUGCACGUGACCACAUUGCGAGAUAUUUAUUAAUGUAAGACAACUGUGAAAAUAAAAUAUUAUUGUCAUUAAA